AUGACCACAUCAUCCUCUCCAGUUCCCUCUUCUCCUGUCAGUAUCACCCGCUCGACCAACUUGUCUGCCCGAAAAACGUAUUCUCGAAAAGCAUCGAUCAUAAGGGAGAAAAGAAAGGCCGAAGCUCUAGGGGAGGAUACGGAUGAUAGUGAUGAGGAGAUCACAUAUGGGUCUGCUUCUACUAGCACCAAAGGGAAGGCAGUGACCAAAGAUGGAUCUCCCAUAACAAAGAAAGUCAAGAAAGGAGGAUCUCUGGUGGAUAGGACUGGGGAUAUAUCCCCUCAAAAUCGAAUCUCGAGAUCUUCAGGCGGUAAGAGACUCACGUCAGCUCGUAGUCUACCUUCAUCCCCUUCAGGAAGUAGGACACCCUCAACUUCGCCACCACCAAUCAAGAAAUCAAAAUCUACCAAUAUCGUUCCCACUUCUACCACGACAAGCACUAUACCAAAAUCGAAAGAUCAACCAAAACGUUCGGCUCCUGUUGUCGACAUCCAUCCACCAUCAUCUUCACCACCUUUACCGCCCGACGCUAGAGCACCUUCCACCCCGCCCCGCAAACUCAGAUCACUCUCUCGAACGAAUACACCUCGAGGAUCCCCAUCGGCAUACGAAGAUCUGUUUUCGGCUGUGUCACCAAGGAAAGAUUAUUUUGACUCACCUGGUAAAUCUACUUCGCCCGGUACGCUUGAUGUCAACAACCGACCGAAAAUUGGCAGACCAGGGGGGAUGAGGAGGAUGUUGACCAAGAGUCAGAGUAUGACUUCUGUGCCGAUUAGUCCAUCCAAAGGCGAAAAAGAAGAACGAGAUGUUGAUGAAGACGAUAAGAGUUCUUUCGGAGGAUCAAUGCCCCAUUCACCUGCUCAGCAAACUCAACAGGCUCCUACAACACCUUCAAAAUCACUUCUACGUACUCAAUCCAUGCCCGAAUCGCCCUCACGCUCAUUACCACGAGGUACAGAUUACACAAGCUCAGCAGGCAUCUCUGCACAAGUGGCGAGUGGUAGCGGUGGUGGAUCGGGAGGAAGAGCCAGAAGGACGUAUGGCGGUAAACGAUCGAUGUUAGCUGAAGUAUCGCAAGUCAACUUGGAUAUAGCCAAUGUAUCAAGGGAUGAAUUGGGAGUGGAAGAGACUGCCCCUGAAGCUAGUUAUGCGGAGUUGAGAAAGAAGUACGAAACUGAUAAUGAUGAGACGCAAAAUGGUUCUGGUAAUCUCAUGGCUGAGCUACUGUUGGCAAGAGCACCGCAAGCUGUAUCAGAUAUGAGAUCUAAAGGGGAGAACAGAAGGUUCAUGGAUGAACUAUCUUGUUUGAUAGAGGGAAUCACCGAUCCAAGUAUGGGGAUGUCAUUCAAAAGGACUAGUGCCAUCGAUAUUCUGGACAAUAUGCAAGAUGAGAGCUGGUUGGCGAAAAUGCAUAUAUGCGGUCAAGUGGAGAAAGUUUGGGAGAGUUUUAUGGAAGCUAGAGGGGUAGAACCUGAUUUGGCUAUGGAAACUAUAUGUAUGCUAUUCCUAGAGACUCUACAACAGUCAAAUUCUGGGAUCGAACAUAUAGUAUCGAAUGAUGCCGAAAAGGUAUUGGAUUUAGUGUUGAGGAAUCUGAGGGUCAGGAAUGGACCGCUUGAUGGGAAUGUUAAAGGGAAACUCUCGAAUGCGACACAGAAAAUACGGAGGAUCUUCUCUUCGCUGCAAUCAGUAUCCUCAUCAGUCACCCCAAGCACACGGCUGCUCGCAUCUACAGUACUCAUCGAUGUCUAUCAAUCAAAUCUGCUAAAGGAUUCGAGUGAGGUUGUUGAGGGUGCUUAUAUCUUUCAGCAAGUCUCAAGAAAUCUGAGAUCUGAAGUCAAAACGCUUGGUGAUAGGUUCGACCUUAACGAGAAAGGUUUAGAUCUACUACCGGCAGAAAAUGCACCUGAUUUCGAUCACGUUUACGCGCUACUUCAGAUCAUCGGUUACACCUUGAGCAACGCCGAUGAUCGUCCAAAGGAGCUGCAACAAAGGCAUAAAGACCUUAUCGAGGAUCUCAUGAUCAUCAUCAUUGCAUGCAGUAGCCUGGUCUUGAAUGAAGAAGAUGUCUCGGUCAACACUUCACGCUGCGUACUCCAAUCUCUCCAACUGCUUCUCGUGAUCACCGAUACCUCGCCCGAAUGGGCCGCGCAGAUCAUUCAAGUCCAAGGUGGGGCAACAAGUUUAGCACGAUUGAUACUUCAACGUGAAUAUUUCAUUCCUGGAGCUCGCCCGUCCGAUGACGGAAACGAGGAAGAAAGUCAACAAACAGAAAUUGAUGUCGACAUGGAGACGCAGGGUGUCUCCACUUCUGGUCUCCUGGAGGAUUUCCUACUUACUGUUCUGGCGGUGUCGAUUCAAUGUAUUCAGUCGGGUGACGAGACUAUCAAGGUGAUUGCGGUCACAAAGAUCGACUCGAGCUGUAAAGGAAAAUAUGGAUGUCUGCGAAAAUGCCAUUGUCUCGAUGCACUUCCUCUGACUCAUCAUCUCUCUAGUCUGUACUCUGAAUUUUCAGAUAAUGACAAAAGUAUAUUUGCCAGGGCUAUCGCCGGAUACUUAGCCUUGGUAAUUACCAAACUCAUGUCAUCCCGCGAAGAGAUGCAGGAACAGGAUAUCGAACCGUUACCUGGAUCGUCGAGACGGGAGAAAUUGGAAGGGCUGAGGGCUUCGUUGAGAGGAUUGAAAUAUGAAUUACACCAGAACCUCAAACGACUAUUGAUGUCUAAUAGUGCGGCUGCACGAAUAGAAGAGCAGGAAAGUGAAGAAGAGGAAGAUGAAGAAGAUGAAGGUGAGAUGCAGGAUAUACAGGGAGCCUUGGACGAUAUAGAAAGGAUGAUUAGAGAGUUGAUUUGA